AUGCCAAGGUAUCCCUUCAGUUACAUCCUCGCUAGCCACAGAAUCCUCGAAGACUCGCUACCGUAUACCAUUCCCACACUCAUAACAAGGAAACAGCAUUUCAUAGCUGCGGAUGGACCGUUAUACUUGUUUGCAAGAUAUAUUGGGGAGAAGAAAAGGAAAGAGGAAAGGAGGGAAAAGAGCGUGCUGGAAGAGACAAUAGAAGAUAAGGAGGAGGACGUGGCGUAUGAUGCGGGAAGUGAGAAUUCGGAUGGAAUUGAAGAAGGCGAAAUCGUGGAGGAGGUGGGGGAAGCUGAUGAGGAGAUUAUCGAGUGCGAUAAAGCGAGGAAAAGGAGCACCUUCUUCAUCCACGCCACGUUCGGGAGUGACGCUAGUGAUCCGAGUUAUAAGCAACAAAGUGACAGCUGCCACGGAACGGAGAGUGACGAGAGCUAUGGAUUUUACAGCACUGACUCCGCGUACGAGAGUCUUGAAAGCUCCGACUCAGAUUCGAAUGCGAAGAAGGGUGGAAUUCCCGCAAAUGGCCUACCGACUCCAAGUACGAUGGCACAGAGCGAGGAGGAGGAGGACAGCAAGAUGGGGGCAGAGGGCAAAAUAGUUGAUUUCGAAAAUCCGUUUCUGAUUGAAGAGUUGAAGUGGUUGAUUGAGAUGGGGUUUGGAGCCAGAAGGGUUUUCGAUGGGGUGGAGUGGUGGUUUGAUGGGUUUCGAGGGCCGGAGUCCAAGAAUGGUCAACGCGGCAACAGCGCCUGGAAACCUGCACCAACUUUACCGACCGAUCAUACGUCCAUCGAAGAUUUCAAAAGUGCAAAUGUCAAGCAUCUGGCUGGCGAAAGGUGGUUUCAAAGCACCUUCUCGAACAAGAACAGAAAGAUCCCAAGAGUCUUCCGGGAUGUCGGCGGGCCUUGUCUAACCCGUCCGGGGCCGAUUCGCGAUUUUCCCCUGCUCAUGCCGCACAUGGCCAUGGUUCCCCGCCUCGAGUUCAAUUGGGAUUUCUGCUGCAGAUAUCAAUGGCCACCGUUACGCGCUGCCUGCACUCGCCCUGCUUCCACGUCAGAGUGGGACAAGCUGCUAAGCGGUUGGGUCUUUGCAACAAAGGAUCCUCCUGUUGGUGAAUGGGGUCCUUCGUUCCUCUUUUUGUUUCCCCUCUCCUUCGUUCUCAAUCCCUCAACUCGGCCGCGAUUGACCAUGAAAUCCUCAAUACUGUUCAGCGUCGCUGCUGCGUCAACCGCGUAUGCAGCGGUAGUAGUCGAAUCACGUCAAGCGUCGAAUUGGACAGUGGGACAAACGGUCAAGACAACGAGUGGAUCUGUUGCUGGCCAUGCCGCAUUGAAUCAGACAGAAGUGUCUGAAUACCUAGGGAUUCCAUUCGCUCAGCCGCCGGUUGCAGAUUUGAGAUUCGAGGCGCCAGUCAAAUACACCGGAAAUACUGAAUUGAGCGGUUUGAGCUAUGGACCGUCUUGUCCGGUUGCGAGCUCAACUCGCCAGCUUACUCCAGCGUCUUUAGCGUCUGCGAACGUCACGGCGACUGGAAUAGAAUACUUUACCAUUUUCAGCUCGCCCAACUCGACCUUCAGCGAGGAUUGCUUGUAUGUGAAUGUGUGGACGAAGCCGCAAACUGGGGAACAGAAGAAGGCGGUCUUGGUGUGGAUAUACGGUGGUGCGUUUACAAGUGGAAGCUCCGCCAAUUCUGGAUACAAUGGCGCAAAUCUUGCGGAGCAGGAAGACGUUAUUGUUGUAUCUUUCAACUACCGAUUGAGCAUUCUUGGAUUCCCUGGAAACCCUAAUGGCACGGCCAAUGUCGCUUUGUUGGACCAGAGAAUGGCCAUUGAAUGGGUUAGAGAUAACAUCGAGAACUUCGGAGGCGACAAGUCUAGAAUCACCAUCUUCGGCCAAUCCGCAGGAGGUGUCUCGGUUGAUCUGUAUUCCUACGCAUACAGUUCCGACCCUAUCGCGGCUGGCUUCAUCCCUGAGUCGGGAACCGUUUUCAGCUGGGGCUUACCGAACACUAAGGCAGCUGCUGCUUCAGGUUGGUAUACGGUAGCAAACAAUUUAGGUUGUGGUAAUUCCUCGACCGAUUCUACCGCAAUACUUUCUUGCAUGCGUUCCAAGAACAGUACUGCUCUGCUUGCUGCUAUUCCAACAGCGACUGGUACCGCCGGAAUUCUUGGUUACUUUGGCCCUACCGUGGAUAAUACUAUUGUGUUCUCGAAUUACACUGGAAGAACACCUGCCAACGUUCCUGUGCUGCUCGGAAAUAAUGAUUACGAGGCUGGCCUAUUCAGAGUCCAGUUCGGUCUUAACAACCUCACACUUCCUGAUCGUUUCUGGAACGCGUUUGAUCUUCAAGAGUUCACUUGUCCCGCGGGUAUCAGAGCCAACGUCUCUGCAGCAGCCAAGAUCCCUACGUGGAGGUAUCGGUAUUUGGGAGUCUGGGACAACACUGCGCUCUCUCCUCAAUCAGGAGCUUACCACGGCGCCGAGAUUCCAGUCCUAUUCAAUACCGCACCAACCAACCCACCAGCAUCCGAGGAAUACGUUGCUGUUGGAAACUACAUGCGUGGCGCCUGGGCUGCGUUUGCCAAAGACCCCGUUGAAGGACUGACCAAAUACGGAUGGCCAUCGUACAGCAGUACCUCUGACAGCUUAGUCAGACUGGCCUACCAAAACAUGACUGGUACCAAUGCUGUUAAUCCGUCACUGUACGACGCCAGAUGUAUAUACGCCAACGUUUCAAGUACGGAUCCAGCAGGCUUUUUGGCGAUUCCGGAGUAUGCCACUCCAAGCCAAACACCUUCAAGCACACCCUCAAGUACGCCGUCAUCUACAGGGAGUGCUCCACCAACUGCAAGUACCAAUGCAGGAACAAAAUCCUCGGCAUCUUUAAGCGCGGUGCUCAUGGGGGCUGCAAUGCUGUACCUCCUAUAA